AUGCCGCCGAUCCGCAGUGCGCGAACCCGCAAGGCCCCCCCAGAUGGCUUCGACGAUAUCGAAGAUACCCUCCUUGAAUUCAGCAAUAAGAUGAAAGAUGCUGAAAACGCCUCUCACGAAGGCAAGAAGAGACACGAGGUAUUAUGGCCCAUAUUCCAAAUCAGCCACCAGCGGUCCCGAUAUAUAUACGACUUAUACUAUGAGAAAGAAGCGAUAUCAAAAAAGCUUUAUGACUGGCUACUCAAGAACGGCUACGCGGACGCCAACCUGAUAGCUAAAUGGAAGAAACAGGGCUAUGAAAAGCUGUGUUGUCUACGAUGCAUUCAGACCAAGGAAACCAAUUUCAACGCUACUUGUAUAUGUCGUGUUCCGAAGGCGCAGCUGAAGGAAGACCAGGGAAUACAGUGCAUGCAAGGAAUCGCGUGUGUGACGGCAUUAUUCAUUUUUCUUUUCUUUCGGUGGUCUGGAAGCGGCGUUCCAUUAUUUGGUUUCCAAGCUAUGAUGAUGGAGUUUUUUUAUUGUAUGUGUGUUUCAGCCUGGGCUUUGUACUGCUGGUUUGAGUUCGUAUCUCUUGCCAUUGGAUUUUCGAUAUUCGUGUUUCUUAGAGUCGCCGCUUUGGGCGAUGAAUACUGUAUAGAUACCCACCAAAUCCAGAAUAUGCUAUACAUGAAUAUAACAUUAAUACGACUCUCCACCAUCAAGGAAUAG